UGUCUUGCCGCAGCACUGUCUCCCACCUCAGAAAAGCUGCAGGCGCAGACUGCCAGGCUGAAGAGCCCAGAGCCCACGCAAACUACAGGCACUCCGGGUGGAAAGUAGCCAGAGAGCAGCAAGAUGGAGUCAGAGCGAGGAACCAUCCACCUUCAACACGGGCACUCCAUCUCCCAAGGGCACCAGCCUCUCAAUCUGAACCAUUAUGCCACCAAGAAGAGCGUGGCAGAGAGCAUGUUGGAUGUGGCGCUCUUCAUGUCCAAUGCCACGCGGCUGAAAGUGGUGCUGGAGCAGGGGCCAUCCUCGCAGUACUACGCCACCCUCAUAGCCCUCAUCAGUGUCUCUCUGCUCCUGCAAGUUGUCAUUGGGAUUCUUCUCGUGGUUAUCGCCAGGCUGAACCUGAAUGAGGAACUGAGCCUGAAGGGCUUCAGCCUUUGGCCCUGACCUGUCGGGCUAACUAGCACCUUCCACAGCCUCCAGGAGAGUUUCUGGGGCAAGGAAGAUGUCCCUGCUUCCUGCCUGCAGCGCCUGAACUGAGUUGUGCCGUUCUACUGGGUGAUGCGAUUGCAUCUUGGUCUGGAGGCCUGAGCUCAGCAUCUGCAGCGGCCACCCUGUCCUCCAGCACCGGUGACUGGGUCUGCUCAGGCAGUCCACACAGCCUGCAGACUCUGGUUCCAAUGCAUUCCUCCCCUCUGCUCCAAGCCUCAAUUUUCCCUUCCCUAUCUAUAAAGAUGUCUGAAAAGCCACCAAAUUAGUCUUGCUGUCUCCAGUCAUGUGGGCUCUGAGCCAGGCUGGUGUGUGGAUGCCCUUGUCAUCUGUGCCCUGGAAGGGGCCUAUGCCAUCUGCACCUCACAAACAGGUACUGAGUGCUGGACUGAUGAACACACAGAGUUUUAAAGACUCCACUAUCAACCUAUGGUACUUUCCACAUUAACGGUGUUUCUUAGAUGUCUUUUAAGAAUACAGAUUUUCAGCUGGUGAGAAAAUGCAAACUUUCAGUGAGCAAAGGCGCUUGCUGCCAAGCCUGAGAACCCCAUAUGGUAUGGGGUUGGGGAGAACCAACCACUGAAAGGCUGCCCUCUGGCCUGCCCCUGUGGCCUGU